AUGCAUGCGCCACAACAGCCGGCAUGGACCUGGAACUUGUCCUUUUCCAGUGAGGGGACAACCUCGCCAGCGCUCCAGCAGCUGGCCAAAGCACCACGACUCCCUUAUCCGCCGCACUGCUACGAUCCCGGCUGCCAUCUUGCGCUUCACCACCUCGAGUUUCCAAGACAAGACCACGUCCUCGACUUCGGCCCCCAUAUUCCCAGUCACACAAGUACCUCGACUCUUUCCAUCUCCGCAACUCCGUAA